AUGUUCGCGCGCGCCCGUCGUCGUCUCGCCGGCGCGCUCGCCCGAGCGCGCGCGCGCGGCGCGGCGAACGAACCCGCGGGACCGCGCGCGCGGGCCCCGGUCCCGGGACCGAAGAGCGCGUCGCAGCUCGAACGAUUGCGCGCGAGCGGCGUGGACGUGGGAUCGAUUCGAUACUUUGUCGACCUCGACGCGAGCGCUGGAAACUACGUCGUCGACGCGGACGGGACGACGAUGUUGGACAUGCACUGUCACAUCGCGUCGCUGCCGCUGGGGUACAAUCACCCGCGAGUGAUGGCGGCGAUCGGAGACGGGCGGAACGCGUCGACGCUCGCGCAUCGACCGGCGCUGGGGGUGUGCCCGCCGACGGAUUGGGCGGAUCGAAUCGCUCGGACGCUGUUGCGAGUGAUGCCGCGAGGGAUGACGCGCGUGACGACGAUGGCGUGCGGGGCGUGCGCGAACGAACACGCGAUGAAGGCGGCGUUCAUCGGCGCGGCGAACGCGAGACGAGGGGCGAGAGGGAUAUCGGCGGAGGACAUCGCGUCGUGCAUGGAACACGAGACGCCGGGAACGCCGAAUUUUAAGGUUUUGUCUUUUGAGGGGGCGUUUCACGGGCGAACGGCGGCGUGUUUGACGUUGACGCACACGAAGUGGAUACAUAAGCUCGAUUUCCCGGCGUUCGCGUGGCCCAAGUGUCGGUUCCCGAGGUUGAAGUAUCCGCUCGAGGCGCAUGCGGAGGAAAACGCGGCGGAGGAAGCGAAAUGUUUGGACGAGGUGGAGGAGGUCUUGGCGUUGGACGAGGACGUGGUGGCGGUUAUCGUGGAGCCGAUGCAGGCCGAGGGGGGCGAUAACCACGCGAGCCCAGACUUUUUCAGGCGGCUUCGAGAGAUCACGCGCGAUCGCGGCGUGCGUCUCAUCGUGGACGAGGUGCAAACCGGAUGCGGUGCGAGUGGGACUUUUUGGGCGCACGAAGCGUGGGGGCUCGAGCACCCGCCGGACCUCGUGACGUUCAGUAAAAAGAUGCAAAUCGCCGGUUUUUACGCCACCGCCGACCUCGCGCCGGAGCUACCGUAUCGUAUUUUUAACACGUGGAUGGGAGAUCCGGCGAAGCUGAUUCAGCUCGAGGCAGUGCUCGACGAGAUCGAGGAGCAAAAUUUACUCGACGUCGUCAAAUCCGCCGGCUCUACGCUGCUGGAGGGAUUGGAACGUUUACAAGCAAAGUUCCCGAGCGUGUUAGCGAACGCCCGCGGGGUCGGGACCCUCGUCGCUGUCGACUGCGCCACGACGGAGAUGCGCGACAAACUAUUGAAGGAUCUCUUGCAGGGGGGUGUGGACAUCGGCGGAUGCGGGACGAGCACCAUUCGCGCUCGACCGAGCUUAACGUUCACGUCUGCGCACGCCGGGGUGUUUUUGGAAAUCUUCGAGCGCGUGCUCCAGCGAUCGCAGUAG